AUGGACCGUACAAUAAGGCACAGCUACCUCUAUGAGAAAUCAACAUGGCAGACCGACCUCAAGGGUACAGACAGCUCCAACGGUACCGACAUCAAGGCCCAGGAACUCGUACAAGGCGGAGAAAUCCUGGACAGAUUCAGUGCCGAGAGUCCGAUCUUUACACUAUGCAUCUUCGGUCAGCUGUUGACCUCUAUCAUUGACGGUCGAUGGCUUACGACGGCGUGA